GCCAGGGGGAUUUAGGUUAGCUGAGCAAGGCCAUGGGACAAAGUCUAAGCCAAUUCACAGAAGAAGAGUUGCAAGAUUAUCAGGAUUUGACAUACUUUACAAAGAAAGAAGUAUUGUAUGCUCACCAGAAAUUCAAAGCACUUGCCCCUGAAAAAGUAGGACACAACAGGAAUGCCAAGUUACCAAUGGCCAAAGUUUUGCAAUAUCCAGAAUUGAAAGUGAAUCCCUUCGGCGACCGUAUUUGUCGAGUGUUUAGUUCUAGUCAUGAUGGGGAUUGUACCUUUGAAGACUUCCUGGACAUGAUGUCUGUGUUCAGUGAUGCUGCGCCUAAAGCUGUAAAAGCUGAGCACGCUUUUAGAAUUUUCGAUUUUGACGGAGACGACAUGUUGGGAGCGUCAGACCUGAGGCAUGUGAUAGAUCGGUUGACUGGGCCACAGCGACUGUCUGAAGUGGAUGUCCAGAUACUCAUACAGAACAUUUUGGACGAAGCGGACCUCGAUGAUGAUGGAGCCCUGUCAUUUGCUGAGUUUGAGCACAUUGUGGACAAGUCUCCUGACUUUGCCAAUGUUUUUCGCAUCCAACUUUGAGCAAUUAUUGUGAAGACAUCACAUGAAUUUUUCAUUCAACGCUUUAUUUGCCAAUCCAUUCUAGUCUGAAGAUGUGCUAAUCAGGUACCUAAUAGGUGUUUUUGUAUGUUAAAUACAUUUUGUUGAUUUAGUGAUCAUCUCAACAUCAUAAUUAUUAUUAAUUUUUACUAACCUAAAUUAACAAUGCCUUUAUAUUUAUUUAUUGUUGUUAUACUUAUGGAGAAAAGUCAAUAAAUUUUAU